AGAGCAGAAACUGAAUGAAAGAAUGGCGGUGGUUCCUUCACUGAUGGACUCAUUGUUCCAGCGCUCGAUAGACGAUGUAAUCAAAGGCCUCCGCCUCUGCCCACCAGGCACGGAGUCAAUCUUCAUCUCCAAAUCCCUCGACGAGAUCCGCCGCGAGAUCAAAUCCACCGACCCUCAAACCAAAGCCACCGCCCUCCACAAGCUCACCUACCUCCACUCCCUCCACUCCGCCGAGAUGUCGUGGGCCGCCUUCCACUCCGUCGAGCUCUCCUCCUCCGCCGCCCACUCAUACAAGCGCGUCGCCUUCCUCUCCGCCUCCCUCUCCUUCAACCCCUCCACCACCCAGGUCAUCCUCCUCCUCACCCACCAGCUCCGCAAGGAUCUCUCCUCCGCCAACCCCCAUGACGUCAGCCUCGCCCUCUCCACCCUCUCCGCCAUCUGCAACCCCGACUUGGCCCGCGAUCUCACCCCCGACGUGUUCGCCCUCCUCGCCAGCGGCAAACCCUUCGUCAGGAAGAAGGCGAUCGCCGCCGUAUUGAGGGUUUUCGAGCAGUACCCCGACGCCGUCCGCGUAUGCUUCAAGAGAGUCGUUGAGAAUCUCGAGAGCGACGACAUGGGAAUCUUGUCGGCCGUUGUCGGUUUGUUCUGCGAGCUCACAGAGAAAGAACCCAGAUCGUAUUUACCCUUGGCCCCCGAGUUUUACAAAAUCUUAGUGGACUGCAGAAACAAUUGGGUCUUGAUUAAAGUGAUCAAGAUUUUUGCAAAGUUGGCACCUUUAGAGCCAAGGUUGGGUAAGAGGGUGGUGGAGCCUAUCUGCGACCACAUGGCGAGAACUGGUGCUAAAUCGUUAGCGUUCGAGUGCGUUCGAAUGAUUGUGACUAGUUUGAGCGAGUACGAUUCCGCAGUGAAGCUCGCAGUUGCUAAGCUGAGGGAGUUUCUGUUAGAAGAUGAUCCGAAUCUGAAGUAUCUCGGUCUGCAAGGGCUCACAAUUGUUUCGAAGACGAAUAUGUGGGCGGUCUUGGAGAACAAGGAGUUGGUAGUUAAGGCCUUGAGCGACGUCGAUGUAAACAUUAAAGUCGAGGCGUUGCGCCUCGUGAUGUGUAUGGUUUCGGAGGAUAACGUAAUGGAAAUCUCUAGGAUCUUGAUCAGUCAGGCACUCAAGUCCGACCCGGAGUUCUGUAACGAGAUUUUGGGCCACGUCUUGUUGACUUGUUCGAGGAAUUUCUACGAGGUGGUCUUUGAUUUCGAUUGGUACGUGUCUUUUCUUGGAGAAAUGGCGAGGAUUCCGCAUUGUCGGAAAGGGAACGAAAUCGAGAACCAGCUUGUUGAUAUUGGUAUGAGGGUUAAGGAUGCUAGGGUUCAGCUCGUUCAUAUUGCUCGUGAGCUUGUGAUCGAUCCAGCGUUGCUUGGUAAUUCGUUUAUACAUGGAGUUUUAGGUGCUGCUGCUUGGGUUUCGGGAGAGUACAUCGAGCUUUCAAGAAACCCUUUUGAGAUCAUGGAAGCACUGCUACAGCCAAGAACUAGUCUCCUCACUCCAUCGGUGAGAGCUGUGUAUAUUCAAUCGGCAUUUAAAGUGUUGACUUUCUGUCUAUCUUUGUAUCUCAAGUUAAGUGUCGACACUGUAGCAAGUCAACUAUUAUCCGAUACUGAACUAGAUAACGGUAAUGGUAAUGUGGUUGUUGCUUCUUCAAGUAUGCAUCGUUUUACGAAAGAAUCCUUCGUGAAUUUAAUGAAUCUUGUCGAAACUAACUUGGGACCGUUAGCCGGGAGUAACGAAGUAGAAGUGCAGGAGCGAGCGAGCAAUGUUCUUGGAUUGAUUAAGUUGAUAAAACUAAUAGUAUUCGGGAGUGAAGGAGAUAACGUAAAAGGAGAGGUAGAAGCUUCCGAAAUGGUGAAGCUGAUUUUCGAUGCGUUUUCCGAGGAUCUUGGUCCGGUUUCUGUUAAUGCCCAAGAGAGGGUACCGAUACCCGAUGGAUUAGUGCUCAAAGAAAAUCUUGGUGACUUGGACGAUAUAUGCGGUGGUGAUACAGAGUUUUCGUUACCGUCUUCAUUUUCGAUAGUCAAACUUCAAAAAAUGGAUGCCGCCGGCACUUCAGAUUGCACCAGUAAGGAAGAAUCCGAAACGUUGACCGAGUCUACGUCUCUACUUGCAGAGCAUAGAAAGAGGCACGGCCUAUAUUACCUAUCUUCGGAAAAUGCAGGGACGGUAUCGAACGACUAUCCGCCUGCUAUCGAUCCUAAAGAUAAGGAUGCUGACGAAGCGGAAGAUCUUGCGAGGUUAACAGAAGAAUCACUCGUCAUUAAGAAGAAACCGAAUCAGGCGAGGAUCAGGCCCGUUGUUGUGAAAUUGGACGACGGAGAAGGGUUUAAUGUUUCGGCCAAGAAACGCGAGGUCGAGGGUGGCGAUCUAAUUUCAGGUGCUGUGCAAGAAGUGCUUUUAGGCAAUGAAGCUACUGCAACAUCGUCAUCAUCAAGAAAAAGAGAAUCGUCAAAGAAAUCGAGAGAGAGAAAUAAGCAGCAGCAUGGUCAUGGUAAAGAGAGAAAAAGUCAAAGUACCGGGAAGGAUAAAGAACACGACGGUCAAGGUCAAAGGGAAAAGCCAAAGCGAAAGUCUCGACAGAGAGGAGAUGGUGGGGCGUUGCCAGCUCAGUCGUCGGUUAUUCCGGAUUUUCUUUUAUAGCGAGUGUGAAGGAGGACCUCUAGGAGUGUGACAACCCCACUGUACAUCCCUAUAAAUCAAAGGUCAGUUUUGUAAUUAAUUAAAAUAUUUACAUUUUUUUGUUCCAUAUUGGGUUUGGUGGUUUGCAAUGCAUGCAUUCUUUUGAUUUUGUUGCUUUUGCUUGAACAAUAGUGAAGAAAAAUUGGUGCUUUGAUCCAAAAUGAGGGAAUGCAUUAUUAUCCCUGAUAUAAUUUAUUUGAUUCGUGGCUUUAUGAGCAUCUA